CUAUGAAAUGCUCCCUCAAUUCGAAGCCUUGUCCGAAGCACUCACGCACAUCGUGGUAAAAAGUAGCGACGCGAGGGGGCGCGCGCAUGGGCAAUGGACGAAGGGGCCGGAGCAAACGUCUGAACGGGGUGGUCAGUAUAGCGAUGCCGUGGCUAAUAAUGGUGCUGCUGCCGCUAUUUAUGCUUCUAUCUCCCUUCAUUGGGGUAGAUGCACUAGAUCGUACGCUAGUAGACGGAGCGACUGGCUCGGACGUGGUUCAGGCUGUGAUCGCCAAGGUGGACGCGUCCCGCAUCGCCUUCGGAGACGACCACCGUUUCCUGAGGAGACUGGCGUUUGUCGAGACGUCAGACGGCGCAAACAGCAGCUACUCUAGUGGUGGGCUCUGGGGUAUUCAACAGAGCCACUUGGACACGGUCAGCUCGUCACCACAACUCGAGGAAUUGAGGAUCGCCAUCCGUGCAGCGUUCGGUAUCGACUGGGGAACCGUGACGAUAAACGAUCUCGGCAAGCCGUUCUUCGCGGGACUGGUUGCGAGACUGUACCUUUUCUACCUCGAAAUCUCGGGGACUGCCGUUAUUCCUCUGGCCGGAGACAUCGUGGGGCAAGCUCGGUUCUGGCUCACCUACUACCACUCUGAUGUAGGAGGAGUUUCUGAUACGGAGAUAUACUUCGUGGAGCAAGUUGAUAUACUGGAAGAGAGAGAAGGCUGCAAAGUCAAUUUGGACAUUUUCUUUGUCCUUGAUGGAUCUGGCAGCAUUGGUGACACUGACUUCAGUCAAGUGCGCCAGUUUGAACAUGACUUUGUGGAUCAACUGAGUAUUGGUCCAAACGAUAACCAAGUGGGAACAAUUGUUUUCAGUGACUAUGGGAGUGUUAUUUUCAAUUUGAAUGCCUACAACAACAAAGCUGACAUUCUGUCUCAGAUACUAAACAUAAACUACCCUAGUGGCAGCACAAACACGGCCGACGGCCUGUGCAAGCUGGUGCGGUACGGUUUUGCAGAUGGACAUGGAGCUAGACCAACGUCAGGGGCAGUGUUCAGGAUAGCAAUCAUCAUGACUGAUGGCAAGUCAAACCAAGAGUCAUCAGAGUGUCAGUGGAACACUCUGCAGGCAGCGGAAGCAGUCCACGAACUAUCUCCACCGGUCCUUGUCUAUGCAAUUGGUGUCACCAGCAGCGUGAAUGAUGUGGAACUGAAUGCCAUUGCUACCUCACCUGACUUCGUCACAUACAUAAACUCUUUUGAUCAGCAUAUUAUUCAAGAAACACAGGAGAGUCAUGUUGACGAAGUGUGCAAGAGAGCAACACUACCUGCUGACACAGACGAGCAGAUGAACGGUACACUGGAUCAGAACGAGACAGUUCGCUACCACUACCAGAUCCCAGUGGCCGGGAUCACCCUCAGAGUCUGUAUCUCAGUCGGCCAUGUCGUGGUCUACGGCUCCUUCUCCGUUCCCAACCCAAACAGUGCCUUCUACGACUUUGUCCUCGAGUUUGGCUCUGAAACCAACACCUCAGAUACCGAGACCUGCAAGAAUAGGUAUAUAGACCCUGACAAGAUCCCACGGCCCCUUCCUCCACCCAACACUCAUCCCUCCUCCACGUAUGAACCAUCUACUGGUGGAGCCCCUACCACAACCACCACCCUGGCACCACAGCCAACUGUGGUCCCAAGCACUGCUCCUCCUGUGGUGGAACUAACAGACAAAGUCGUCUACCUGUCAGUGGUCGGAGGGGCGGAAGAUAAUAACUUUGUUCUCAACGGAAGUGUUGGGGACAGCUACCCAAAGCCCAUAAUCAGUAGUGUAACCAUCCCAGCCACCACGUCUUCUCUCCGUGUGGCUCCAGUCAGCUCAUCCACUCCCCCUGCCACUGUCCCACCUUCGGUGUCAACAACAGACGAUGCGCUUCUUAUUGCCCUGUCUGCUGGUGGAGGAGGUUUGCUACUGGUUAUCUUCCUACUACUGACUCUUGUGUGCUCUGUCUGCUGCUGUUGCUGUGUCCGCGGUCGCAGAAAGUCUGUGGGAGUGAGGCAGUACAAACUUCUUCCACGGCAUGCUGACACUUCCACUGAUUGGGCGGAAGAAGUCUGACAAUAAUUUAAAGAUUUGUUGAGCAAGAACACACUAUUGUAAUGUUGCAUGCUUGUGGAGCUUGAGGCAUUUUUCAUGCUCCAAAUUUUUCCAUGUAUAUAAUAUGUAGCUAAUCAUUUAAUCCUGUGUGACAAUGUGUGAAACAUGUUUUAAUCAUUACGCUAUACUUCUACUAGUUAAUAACCGUCUUGACCAAUCAUGAAUCAUCGCAUCACUUA